AUGGACUGGGAGCUGAAAGCAUCAGCGUGGGAUUUUACUGAAUUGGGCAGAGAAGAACUGGUGGGGUCCAGCGGAUUAGGGUUUCACAAGAGUGGAGGAGGAUUUUCUGUAGAUUUGAAGCUUGGUGGAUUAGGAGAUGGAUCGGUGGAGAAACUGAGAGAACAAAGGGGCUCCGCAAUUGCUUCGUCUCCUUCAGGGGCUUCAAGGAGAGGCAGAGCAAUUAGCGGGCAUCAGAAUGCUUCCUGCUUGGUUGAUGGGUGCACAGCCGACUUGAGUAGCUGCAGGGAGUAUCACCGGAGGCAUAGGGUGUGCGAGCGCCAUUCCAAGACCCCCAGUUGUCAUUGUUGGUGGGAAAGAGCAACGGUUCUGCCAGCAAUGCAGCAGACAGGUCAUAGAGUUGUCUAG